AUGGACCCAAAGAAUAAAACUACAGCUGAUUUCAUCCUGCUGGGGCUCUUUCCCAGCUGCAGGUACCCAAACCUCCUCAUCUUCCUCAUCCUCCUCAUCUACACCCUGGCCUCUGCUGGAAAUUCCCUCCUGAUAUUCCUCAUCUGGCUGGACCCCCGUCUCCACACCCCCAUGUACUUCCUGCUCAGUCAGCUGUCUCUCAUUGACCUGGCUUACAUCUCCUGCACAGUGCCCAAAGCAGCCACCAACUACUUCACCGGGAGGCAGAGCAUCUCCUUCUUUGCCUGUGCCACGCAGAUAUUUGCCUUCCUCACCCUCGGCCUUGCCGAGUGCAUCUUGCUGACACUAAUGGCCUAUGACCGCUAUGUGGCUGUCUGUAACCCUCUGAGAUACACCAUUCUCAUGAGCCCCAAGGUCUGUCUGAAGAUGGCCGCCUCCACCUGGAUGGGAGCAGCUGCUGCAGCCCUUGUUCACACCGUCUACCCCAUGAAUUUUCCCAUCUGUGGCUCCAGGGAGAUCAACCAUUACUUCUGUGAGAUGCCCGCCAUCCUGAGAAUGUCUUGUGUGGACACAUCAGUCUAUGAGAUGGUGAAGUUUGUGUCAACCAUUAUCUUUCUCCUGGCCCCGUUCACUCUGAUCCUGACCUCCUACACCCUCAUAUUCCUCACCAUCCUCAGAAUGAACUCUCCCAAGGGGAGGAACAAAGCCCUGGCCACCUGCUCCUCCCACCUGACUGUCGUGAGUCUCUACUUUGGUCAGGCCAUCUUCAUCUACAUGACGCCCACGUCUGCCCACACACCUGACCAAGACCAGGUAGGAGCUGUGCUGGGUACCAUAGUGACCCCCAUGCUCAACCCUCUUAUCUACAGCCUGAGAAACAAAGAGGUGAUAGGGGCUCUGCAGAAGUGCACGGGCAGAUGCUGCAACCGCGACAGUGCCAGGUCCUCCUUCCGGUGCUGCUCUCAGAAACGGCCCGUCCUUCAUCUUAAACGUGAGCCUAAGUCAACCUAG